GUUUUUAGUACGGCAUAUAAAAGCUCGCCCCUCUCAUCUCUCUCUCUCUCUUGACUCUCCACUCACUCUGCAACUUUUCGCUCUUCUAUCUCCAAAGUCAGUUAUGGCUGUUACUUUCUCAGAUCUUCACACUGAAUCCGGCCUCAAGGCACUCGACGCCUUCCUCUCCGGCAAGUCCUACAUAUCUGGAAGUCAGCUAACCAAAGACGAUGUCAAAGUUUACGCCUCCGUUCAGAAGCCCAGUGCCGAUCUCUACCCCAAUGCGAGCAAGUGGUACGAAGCUGUUGCAGCGAAGCUAGCAACCAGUUUUCCCGGCAAAGCUGUUGGAGUACAAAUCGGAGGCCAAGCUCCCGUUGCAGCUGUUGAAGCUCAGGAGGAGGCUGCCGACGACGAUGAUGAUCUCGAUCUAUUUGGCGAUGAGACAGAGGAGGAAAAAAAGGCUGCAGAAGCCAGGGAAGCUGCCAAGGCGCCUGCUAAAAAGAAAGAAAGUGGGAAGUCGUCUGUUCUCAUGGAUAUUAAGCCUUGGGAUGAUGAAACUGACAUGAAGAAGCUUGAAGAAGCUGUUAGAAGCAUUGAGAUGCCAGGCCUCUUAUGGGGAGCAUCCAAAUUGGUCGCCGUUGGUUAUGGAAUUAAGAAGCUUCAAAUCAUGCUUACCAUUGUUGAUGAUCUUGUCUCUGUUGACACUAUGAUAGAGGAGCAGCUCACAGUGGAGCCUUUGAACGAAUACAUCCAAAGUUGCGACAUUGUUGCCUUCAACAAGAUUUGAGUCAGGGCAAUAAUUUUGUUCACCAUAACCAAGCACUAUUGCUUGUUUUCGUUUAUACUAGGUUCAUUGUUACAGUAUUGACAGGAUGUGUUUUCUUUGAAUGUGCUUGAAACUUUCCAUUUGCGUA